AUGAAUAACUUUUAAAUUGUAAUUUUAGCUGGAGGCUUUGGACAUGUAUUAUAUCCUUUAUGUGAAAAAUAUCCAAAAUCAAUACUUCCUGUAAAUAAUAUGCCUUUAUUAUCAUAUUAAUUAAACUUCAUAGAAAAAUAUGGAUUCUUAAGUGCAUUAAUAUUAACAUCAAAGUAUCAUAAUAAAUUAGAAAGAGAAUUAAAAGAAACCUAUAAUGGAAAAGUUAAAUACGAAAUAGCAAAUGUACCUGAAGAUAAAAGAGAAACUGCUGAUGCAUUAAAAUUCAUUUAAAAUAAAAUAAACAAAGACUUUAUUUUAAUAUCAAGUGAUACAAUAUGUGAUGUCAAUUUAGAUGAAUUCAUCGAAUUUCAUAUAUUAUAAGAUUCUUUUUGUACACUUCUUUUAAAAGAAGACUAAGUUCAAGAAGAAACAGGAAAAAUUAUUAAUCCAAGUUCUUUAAGUGUAAAAAUAUUAAAUAAAAAUAAAUUUUAUAUGAUUUUUUUUUUUUUUUAUAAGGAUGAUUUUGAUAUAUAUAUAAUUAAUGAUUCAAAUAAUAAAAUAUUGUAUGUAUAAUCACAUGAAGAAAUAAAAGAAAACGGAUUAAAAAUAAAAAAAACAAUUUUAGCAAAUAAUCCAACUAAUAAAAUAAAAACUAAUUUAUUUGAUGCACACAUAUAUAUUUGUAAAAGAGAAGCCUUAACUCUUUUAUGUAAAUUAGACAAAUAAAUAGAUACAAUAAAUUCAUUUAAGUCUGAUUUUAUUCCGUUUUUAGUUAAAAAUUAAUACAAUUAAAUACUCUUAUAAAUGUUGAAUUUAAAGAAAAAGAAAAUGUCAUAAGAAAAUGAACAUUUAAAUGAAGAAAUUUAUCAAUAAAAUAUUAUAGAAAAUAAUAAAAUAAAUAUUGUUGGUUAUAUUAAUAAAAAUUUGUACGCAAGAAGAUGUAAUAACUUAAAAGAUUAUUUUUAAAUGAAUUUUGAUUCAAUUAAUAAUAUUGAUAUUUUAAAUAAUAAUAAAAAUAUUAAAACAUCUUUUGAAUAAGAUAAAACAAUUAAGAUUAAUUCAGGUAAUAUUGGAGAAAAUAGUUUCAUUGGAUAAAGAGUUCAAAUAACAAAAUCGAUAAUUGGACUUAAUUGUAAAAUAUAAGAAGGUACAAAAAUAUCAAAUUGUGUAAUCAUGAAUGGUGUAAUUAUUGAAAGUGGAUUUUAAAAAAAAAAUACUUAUACUUAAGAAUAGUUAAUGGAUGCUCCUAUUGCAAACAUUAUGGCUGUCACUGAUAUAACUUAUCCAUAAGUUGAUUAGGUACCAGUAGUUUCAAUAGUAAAGGAAUGCGAAUAUGAAAUAAAAUGUGAAUAACUUUAAGAUUAAGUGAUUAUAUCUAAAAUAAGUUUAACAGAUACAUUAUAAAGUGAAAUAAAUUUGCUAAAAAAUACUCUUGAAUAAAACUAAAAUGAAUUAUUAACUUACAAAGAAACUUUAAGAAAAAUGCAUUAAUUAUAUACAGACUAAGAAAACUUUAUAAAUGAUUUAAAAUUAAAUAACACUGAUUUAAUAAUAGGUAUAGAUAAGUAAGCAGUAAAAAAUUUAGAAUUAAUUGAUGAUAUUAAAAAUGCUUUUAGUGAUAAAAAUUUAGUUUGCUUUAGAUUAGAAGAAACAUAAAAAUAAUACGAUUUUGAAAAAAAUAACAUUAAAUAAUAACUAGAAAAUAGAGAUAAUGUUUUUUUUUUAAAAAGAUAAAUAAAUAAUAUAUUAAUUAAUUUUUAAAAGGAUAUUUUAUCUUUAAGAAGAAAAGUUAAUAAUUUAAUUGAAGUUAAAAGAAGAGUUGAAGAAGAUAAAGAAAAUUAAAAAUUUGAAAUUAAUCAUUUAAAAGAUACUUUAACAAACGAAUAAAAAGAAAAAGAAAUCGCAUAAUUACAAUUCGAAAGAGCUUUUAAUAAAAUGUAAGAGGAAAGAAAUAGAAUAAUAAACGAUUUGACUUAAAAAAUGAACUAAUUAUAAUAAGAAAAUAACAGAUUAGUAGAUGAAAAUAGAAUUUAACUAAAAGAAAUAAAAAAUAUGAUUAAUGACAUAUAAAAUAAAUAAAAUGAAAUAAAUAGAUAUAAAGAAUAAUUAGAUAAUUAUAAUUUAGAUAUAAAUGAAAUGGCAAAUAAUGCAAUAUAAAAUGCAAUGAAAUCAGCAUAUAAAAGAGACAUGAAAGAUUUCCAUAAAAAGAAAACUCAUGAUGUAGUUGAUAAUAUGUUAGAUUUUUUCGAAGACAAUGUAAAUAAUAGAAUAAAAUUACUAGCAAUGAAUUUAUGGAAAACAUAAUAUAAAUUAAGACAAAAAGAUAAGUAAAUAUAAUAAUUAUUAAUAGAAGAAAAAAUAAGGAAAUAAUAAAUGUAAAAUUUGGACACAUUUACUACUAAUUAUAAAACUUAAACACUUUUUCUUGUUGAUAUUUGUUUAAAAGCAUUAUAAUUUAUUAGAGAAUAAAUUACUAAAUAAAUUUAUUAAGUUUUUGAAACUACUUUAACUACUGCAAAUAAAUAAAAACAUAAUGCUUUAGUACUUUUUUUAGGAGAAAUGAGUAAACUAAAGUAAUGGAAAGGAAUGUAGAUGACACUUGAUGUUUUUCAUUUGUUGAAAUAAAAUUUAAAAAGCUAUUUAGAUGAAAUCAGAGGAACAGAAAAAGCAACAAAUUUAGAAAAGUUACUAGAAUUAAAUACUGGAGAUAUGAAGAAUUUCAAAGUUAGUUUAAGAGAUAAUAUGAAUAAAAUUGUUUAAGAUUUGCUUAUUUAAGCUACUUCGAGUUUUGAAAAAGAAAAAAUCUAAGAAAAUUCAAAUAUUGCUUAUUUAUUUAGACUUAUGGCUAUAAAAAGAAAAAUAUAUUUUCCUGGAGAUAAUAAAGAACUUAAAUUUGAUGAAGAUUUAUUAUUAAUUUUAGAUGAUAAAAUUUGUGAUUCUUUUAGAGAAGAAAUUCAAUAAAAAUGA